AUGCAGCCGGCGGAGAAAGCCUCCUACAAGGUCACCUGGGGUGAAGCUGCGUCCCAGCAGCCCAGGUGGGCCGGGGAUGAGGUGGCCGGGCUGUGGGGGGACUCCCUGGAGGGGCAGGGCCCGGAGCAUCCCUCGCCCUCACGCACGCCCCUCCGCAGGGCCAACGGCCCAGACCCAGACUCCGCUUUCUUGCUCACCAGCCCACUCCGGACCCACGCUUACCCCGACGAUGAGUGGGACCAGAGUGCUAUUGGGAGGUACUACGAGCUGUUCGCGGCCGCACUGGGCAACCUGGAAUGGUUGCGCUUCUGUCUGAGUCGGGACCGUGACAAAAUUCCAGCAGAUGACAAGGGCUUCACUGCCAUCCACUCUGCAGCCCAGAGUGGCAAGCUUACGUGCCUGCAGGUCUUGGUGGAGGAGUACAAGUUUCCCGUGGACCUGCCCACCAGCAAUGGCCAGACACCCCUGCACCUGGUCAUCCAUGGGGACAACAAGACCAUGACCCUCCCCUGCAUUCACUAUCUACUUAAGCAAGGGGCGGCCCUCAACACUCAGACAUGCAAUGGCUCCACACCCCUCCACCUGGCAGCCUGCAAGGGCCUGCUGAGCUGCGUGAAGGUGCUGGUGCAAAAUGGUGCCAAUGUCCAUGCCCGAGAUGCCAUGGGCUGCAAGCCCAUCGACUACUGCAAAAUAUGGAACCACCGCGACUGUGCCCGGUUCUUGAAGGAUGCCAUGUGGAAACGGGACAAGAAGGACUUUGCUCGUGAGAUGGGGAAACUGAAGAGGCUCAAGGACCAGCUGGCCUUCAUGGAACAAGACUACCUGACUGAGUAUCAAAAAGAGCACCAAAUUCUGAGAGAAGCUGAUUUCAAGAAGUGGCUCCAUCGCAAGCAGCUGCUUCAAGGCCAACCCCUGAUCCCCAACGCCAAGCAAGCGCCUUGUGCCCCCCCCCAGGCGAUCGCCAUCCCCCAGACCCCCAAGCACCAGGGGCCUCGAAAGAGUUUCUACCCCUCCCCAGAGGCACGCCUGCGGCAGACAUCAACACCCAAGCUGCAGUCCUUGGGGACACCCACAGCCAUCUACACGCAGCCCAUGGUCAGGCGGCCCAAGCGGUGGAAUGUUAGCAACAAUCCUGCCAGAUGGCCCACCACCCAGAUCAGCUACCCACAGGGCAUCCGCCUCGGUGUGCAUCCAGACCCCAGCCCGGAGCGCGACUUCCAAAGCUUCCUUAAGGCGAGGUCUGACCGGCACGGCGGGGCACAGCUGUGCACGGUGGCCGGCAGCCGGGUGGCACCUGUGCCCCAGCUGCCUUUCAAGGUGCUAGUCCAAGAGCUGUACCCUUCAGUGCGGCCACGCAGGAUGAAAGUGCCCCAGGGCUUUUGCCCUGUCAGCAUAAGGCACGUGCCCCGGAAGCGGCUCUCGGGUGACAACUUCUGGACUGACGCUCUGGCCAUGAACCUGCGUGAGACAUUUGAUGAAGCCUUCCUGGCAGCUGUGCAAGCCCAUCAAGGGCUCCCCACUCUGCCCUCCCCCAAAAGCCCCCCAUAAACUUAUUUUGGUAGGCUGUCAACCUGAGACAGCCCAGUGAAGGCUGAGGUGUGGUGAUUCACGUUGGGGAUGGAAGAGAGGGAGAGGAGUACUCACAGGCUUCCCACUUCCCACUCCCAAGCUUGAAGAUCGGAGCCCCUUCUCUCUUAACAAAAGACUAGGUCCCAGGUCUCCUUUCUCCACAAAGAAAUUCCUUGGACUCCCCAAGAGGUUUAAGCUAGGGCGGAGGCCUCAGAGUGGGCAUCAGUCUAUCCUGGGCCCUUGCAUCAUGAAACUGACGCUUUGGUGUCCCUACUACCUCUCCUCCCCCCGCCCCAGCCCACCAGGAACAAGGCUUCCAGGAUAGGGAACCACAGGAAAAUGCUGCCUCUUGUCCAGACUAAGUCCUUCAAGGUCUCUGUAGUUCAGGGAGGCACAAGCAGCAUAUCUUGGGAGGAGGGAGGGAGGACCCGUGGCUUCAGUUGCAACUAUACAAGCACUUGCACUUCCUCCAGGAAGCUAUCCUGGAUCCCCUGUUAUCCCCUGGACACAUCACUACAAAUCAUUCAUUAAACAAACGUUUAUUGAGUGCUUUCUAUGUACCGGGCACCAAGCCAGGCACUGUUAAUACAAAAACUGAAGGACAGUCCCUGCCCUCAAGGAGCUUACAGUCUAGUGGGGAGAUAGACCAGUAAGCCUAGAGUGAUUUGUGUGGUGUGCUGGGGGGAGAGGGGACAAAGCUCAGAGGAACUGAAAUCUAAGCUGAGAACUGACAGAGAAGGUAUCCAGGUGGGCAGAAGAAAGGGGAAUCAAAGUGGCAUCUCUGAAUACAGGAGGCGGGGACAUAGGGUGCAAGGUGGCAAGUGAUGAGGCCAGAGAGGCGAGCAGGAACCAGACAUCACAAAUUUCACAAGCCAUGCUAAGGGGUCUGGACUUUAUCCUGAGGGCAGUAGGGAGCCAUGGAAGGUUGUAGGCCAGGAAGUGACUUGAUCAGCUAUACAUUUUAGACAACUCUGGCUGUGGGACAUAGGAGGAGAAGGAGGCUGUCACAAUAAUCCAGGUGUAAGCUGAUGACAGUGGGUGUGGCUCGAAUCAAGCGAUGUUAGGAAGGUAAACGUUAACAGUUUUUAGAGAUUGGAUGAGUGGGAGGGGCAGAAAGAGAAAGCAGGGCUAGAAAGCAGGUUUCUGGUCUGGCUCCUGAGGGGUCUUGGGGCCACGGCAGGUACCCAAAAGAGGCAGGUUUGCAAAGGACAGCAGCAAGUGCCCUCUGGGCCAUGAGAGUUGUCUGUGCACCCAAAGGCGAGAGGAACUAUGGUUCAGAAGAUCAGGAGGGAUGCUGGGGCUGGAGGCCAACUCUUAGUUCCUCGGCAAAGAGUCCUUGACGCCAUCAGCUCGGAUGGGCUCCUCCAGGGAGCCCACAACAGAACCCUGAGAAACCCCACUGUGCAUGGGGCAAAUGGAGAAGCCUGCACAGGAAACUGAAAGGAAUAGCAGAGGCAGGAGGAAGACCAGCACAGGAGUGCCAGGGAAGUGCAAUUCAAGAAGCUGGGGGUGAGCAGCCCUGUCAGAUGCUGCAGAGAUCCAGUGUAAGAUAUGAAAGGGUCUGCUGGAUUUAGCACGAGAAGGCCACUGGCAACCCCUAGGAGAGAAGCCAUGUCGUCAGGGUGAGGAACAAAGAAGGAGACAGCAAGGGAGAGCUGAGCCAGCUGCUGACCCAGCAGUGAGGAUGAUAUUGGCCUCCUGUGUCCCCUACCUUGUCUUCCCUUGUCUGCAUAGGAUAAAAAGGCCUGGCCAUCUCAUUCCCACCAAGAAGAAACCAAAGUGUGCUACUUCUCUCAGCGAAAGGGAAAGGCUGGGAUUUUUAAGAGAACAGGAAGUGCUGCAGUCAAGGGAAUGACUUGGUGGGACUUGGGGCAGGAUAUAGAGAAUUUCAAGCACAGGGGCUUCCCCGGCUUAAAGGUACCGCAUGUGCACUGUCCAUCUCCGCACCUGCCACUCUCGAUCUGAGGUACAGGACAUGGCAGGAACGGCUCUCAUGGGGGCUUCACUCCUGUAUGUACUGCUGAGUACUUGCAAGGCACUGUAGUUGGAGUGCAAAGUCAGCAAAUGCUGGUCUGUGCCAGGACCUGGCCCACCUUCUUAGAAGACUGAGGUCAGCUCCUCAGGAGCCAAGAGCACACAGAAGAGAGGGCCAGCCCUUGUGUGCUCUUAGAGCGACAAACCGUUUCUCCCCUCAGUCCCCUUUCUUAAAAAAUAGGCUGUAACCCAGGCUGCCUGGAAGCCAAUUUCUAUUUUCUUUCCUCUUGGGCCUAAGAUAGAAUUCAGCCAGAAACCACUC